GGUCACGCGUGCAUAAGAAUAAGUAUCUUACCAUUUGGAUACGAAUUGCAAAUAAUCGUGAAAACGCGACUACUACUGCUACAGCUGUACACAAUUCGGAAGAGAAACAACGAUAACCUUGAAACGUUCGUUAUAUCGCGAAAGAAAACAAACCGAGCCGGAUGGAUCUCUCUUCGAGACUCACUUCGACCUCGUCUAUUAAAUUUUUAUUUAUCUCGUUCACAGGCGUAAAUGUAAACGAGAGAAAUACACGGUUGUCGCGUUUUUCUCGUAUUUUACAUCCUAUACACGUAAAUAAGCGAAUAGAGAAGACAAGAAAGCGAGUAUAUAAAAUUUCUUGGUUACAUAAACGAUCAGUUGUUAUUUCGUGUGCAAGGUCGAUUCGGAUGGAGAAGAAGAUCCUUGAAUGUAUUCGUAGUUUGCUCCAGAAUCAUUGCGUCGAAUCUUUUUUUAGACACGCCUAAGCAAUCCAAGGGCGUCACGGAACAUGGCGGAGAAACAACGCCGAGACAAUCUUAAUACGAACAUCUCGGCGAUGGCUGCGCUCGUACCAACUGUCGCCGAAAGCCCGAGGAAGAUGGACAAGAUAUCUAUCCUGAGAUUAGCCGCUAAUUUCCUCAGAAUACGAUAUACUGUUGGACGUGGCGUAUCUGAUUUUCUACCUCGAGAACUUGGUGAUCUGGAUUUGGAACAAUACAUAGGCGAUAAUUUGAUUAAAAACGGGAGCUUCUUUAUUGUUGUCACGACCACCGGAAAAAUAGUAUACGUCAGUCGGCAAGUUCAAGAACAUCUUGGUCAUACUCAGGCGGACCUACUUGGCCAUUCUCUUUACGCAUUCAUUCAUCCUAAAGAUGAAGAGGAGCUUGCGAGGAACCUUAACCCGGAUGAAAUGCAAGGUGUGGUAUCCUCGUCAUUGCCACAGAUCACCGACGGAUCGAAUGACAAUUCCAAUUCAUCGGAGGAUUCAACAUCUUCGAAGAACGGUAAAACGUUCCAAAAUCAGAGGCGGACUUUCGAACUUCGAAUGUUGCAUCGUACUUCAUCGAGGCGAGAGCAUACACAGUACGAAUGGUUUGAAUUCUCUGGAAUGCUCAGGCUUGCGGAUGCUUGCAAAAAUUCCGCGUCAAAUGUUAAUCGAUCGAGACAUCGAGAAAUUACUUCAACCAGUAACGACAUCGUUUUCGUGGGUGUAGCACAAUUAUUGAUGAAACAGCCACUCACGAAAAUUUCGAUAAUAGAUGCUAAUAAGAACGAGUAUAUCACUCGACAUUUGGUAGAUGGCAGGAUCAUUUAUUGUGAUCAUAGGGUGUCAGUUGUGGCUGGAUAUUUAUCGGAAGAAGUAUCGGGUAUGAGUGCUUUUGGUUUCAUGCAUAAAGAUGAUCGUAUUUGGGCGAUGGUUGCACUUCGUCAAAUGUACGAUCGCGCGGAAACUUGUGGAUCAUCUUGUUAUAGAUUAACAUCAAAAACAGGAGAACCCAUUUAUCUACGUACUCAUGGAUAUUUAGAAGUAGAUAAGGAUACACAAAUUGCAGUAUCACUUGUGUGCAUAAAUACAUUAGUAUCGGAAGAGGAAGGAAUACAACUUAUGCAACAGAUGAAAAAGAGAUUUUCGGCUACGAUUUCUGAAACUAUGAGAGCCAUAAUCCAAAAUGGAGAUGAUGCAUCGAUUGAUUUGGGCUCAGAUUCUCAAAAUCCGAAUUCGAAAAGUAAUAUGGAGGAUCCCGCACAAUUAGAAGAUGCUAUCACAUAUCUAGUUAGUGACCUGUCAUCACCUCUUCCAGAAGAUUGUCUAUCACCUCCUACACAAAAUGAACAGUAUGCGAAAGCUGCUAUGAUAUCACAACAUUUACCUCCUGCUGAAGCCCAAGCUCGAAGACUUGGAAUUAAGAAAAUCGAUCGUUAUUUAAUGGUGCAAGCCAAGGCAAAUCAUAAUCAGAAAUCAGAAUCAAAGACAAAUACUAAUAAGAAUAACUCUAAUGAAAGACAAGAAAAUACGAGAUCGUCAAGAAAAACUGUACAUGAAGUUACAAAACAAACACGUAAUAGUACACAAGAUGAGCAAAAUUCAUCACGAACUAAUAGUAUGUCUAAUGUAGAAUCAUGCAUAAAUACCCAACGAAAAUCUGGAAUAUCUCAACUUGAACUUCGUCAAAAUGUGGAUAUUUUGAAUCCUAAUACUACGGUUAAGAAACCUGUUGCAACAAUAGAAAAUAAUUCAUGUAAUAUUAAAAUUGAACGUAAUAUGGAUGUUUAUACGCCCGAAACAAUGAUUGAAUACUUUGAAAAGAAUGCGAUUGAUAAUAAUGUUACUUCUGAUUUGAAGAAUCAUCCUUAUCCAUUGAAGAGGAUAUAUAGUGACGAAGAUAUUAAGACAGGUUGCACUAAAAAAAGACAGUAUAAUAAUGUUCCUUACGCAUCAUCGGAUACAAGCGAUGAACAGAAUAUUUCUUACAUUGAUUGUAAGUCUUUCGUUGAUGAAGAAUUUUCAGAACUUUCAACGGAUUUCAACAAUAUAAAUCCUCAAUCACUAAAGAUUGCUGAAUCGCCAAAUUCAAGUCUAAGUGAAGUCAUAACUGAUUAUCAGCAAGUGGAUUCUAGUAUACCACUUAUAGCUCCAAAUCCUGAAUUGGAACCGGAAUAUGGCGAUCUUCAGGACAAUUCAUUGCUGAGCCCAGACCUGGAAGCAAAUCCAGAUCUAAUAAUGAAAAUAUUUGAUGAUCUAAGGCAUAUACCAAUUCUUGAAAAUACUUUUAAUGAAACAGAAGUACAAUUAACAGACAAUAUGGUAAUCAAUAAAGAAAUAAGGAAAAAACAUCUUCAACUUAUGAAUAAUAUAGCACGCCAAGAAUCACAGUUGAAUGUUUUGGCACGAGACUUCAAAAAUCCAGCUUUACAAGCAAAAAGAGGAAGUUUAACACCAUUAGAGGUAGAACAUAAUAUGCAGAAACAAAUUCUUGAGACUUUACAAAAAGAUCACAUGCAAAUAAAUAUAAAACAUAAUAUUGGUGUGUAAAAGUAAAAUUCAGAGUUUGGAAUUACUUUUAACAAAAUAUUUCUUUGAAAGAUAACUAUUCUUAAGAAAUAUACAAUUGACAAACAAAAGUGUGCAUAUCAUUGCACAUUGAAUAUUUCAAUGAAGUUUAUUACAACUUAUUUCUCAACCAAUGAUAACUAAUGAAGUAGAAGAAGAACGUAACAAUCUGCAAUUGCAUAAUAAUCGACUUAUUACAAUUCAACAAAGGAAAGAUAAUAAUAUUUAUUAUCAAAGUCUAGUGAAAAUGUAGUGUCGAUUAAGAAAACUUCAAUAUUCUGUGUUUUUAAACUGAAGUAAGAAGAAGCAUCAUAAGUAGACAAUGUAUAAAAUAAUCAAGAUGUAUAUUUUACAUCUAUUCAUAGAGACUUUUUGAAAGUCUAGUGUGGACAUUAUGCAUCGCCAUGUUUGGCGUACCUAUAAAUGAACAUAUAUUUCAAUAACUGCUUGAAACAUAUACGUAAAUUGUAUUGUAUAUGAUGGGCACGUUUUACAGUUUUGAAGGUCCAAUGUUGCGCAGUUUUCAAAUUUUAUCGUAAUUAACUUUUAUAUAGCGUGAAGCCAAUUUUAAACGGCUACGCUAUUUAUUUAGCCUCCAGGACUGUUUGUGCUUGGCUAUUGUUCUCAAUCGAGAAAAUUAACUCCACGUCGAAUGACUAUGAUAUGUAUAUGAACUAUAUAUAUCGGAUGGAUACAGUACCAGUUCUGUUUAAAUCCUAUUAAUUAUUGGAAUUCAAAAUUAUAAAAAAAAAAGCAAGUUUGUAGUACAAAAUUUCUGUUUUAGACAAAAAAUAUGCUUAUAAAAAAACAUAUUAUAAAAAGAAUAUUAAUUAUAUGUAACUGUACCUUUUUACUAUUGUUACGUGAAAUAAUUCUAAUUAUGACAAAUUGACUGUCUCGAUUUCUAUCGAUUUCUUUUUUUUUUUUUCUAAAACAAUUUUGAAAAUUGUGUGGAUUGUUAUUAUUUCUCUGUAUAUUUACAUGCAUUAUUUGUAACAUACAUAUGCACUUUUAAGCAUUUUAUAUAUUGACUUGUUAUCUUUUUUUUUUAAAUAUAUAUUUCAUUGGAAGAUAAUGGUAAUUAAAAUUAUCAUUUUUUCAUAAUGAAAUUUUUUAGAGAACUUGGUAUUUUAUACGUUAUAUUUCGUGAUUAUAAUUAUUUUGUUAUGAUGAAUUUUUAGACUUUACUGGCCUUGUUAUCCACCCAAUACCGUGUUGCUUUAUAUUAUUUUAUUAAUUAUAGUUAAGCUUUAGUAUCUACUAUAAGUAGUAUAAAAUUUUCGUGAUUAACUAAUAUGUGAUAUUAUUAAAAAUACAUAUACUAUUAAUCACGAUUUUUUUUUAUCUAAGGAAUCAUAAAAAUCAUAAACAAGCAUAAUCAAGUAAAUGAAUUUACAAUUCAAUGUAAAAAAUAAAAUAUACAGAAUGGAAUUAUGCAUUGAAAAAAUUAUAAGAGCGCAUACAUUAUGGAUAUAUUCAACACAUAUGAAUAAUAGAUCUAUAUGUAUAUCAUUUAGUUCCAGUUUCCUAUGUACAAGCAUAAAUAAGGCUGAUAAAUUGUAAAUAAUUCCGAAUGUCUUAUUGAUUGGUAUUAUUACCGAUUAAAGAAAUCAGUGGGUUUUUUUUGUGAAUUGUUCAUCAUUCAUUCAUAUUAUCUAUUUGCAACUCGUGUGCUAUUUCCCAAAUACAUUAAAGAGUUUUUCAUGCUCUUGUGUACUGAUGCGAAUUACGAUAUCAGUAGAAUUUAGAAUUGUAGUUUAAAAAUGAUGUUUUAAUGUUUGAGCAGUCUUUUUACCCCUUUUAACGUAAAUUCAUAUUUUGAAACACGAUGGCAAAGCAUUGUAGACAUGAUAUUAUUCAAAAUAAUAAUGUUUAUAGAUUCAAAUUGAGUUUGAUGAUUUGGCAGAAGCUAUAUAUAUAUAUAUAUAUAUUUAUUUUGAAAAUUGAAAAUUAUUUUUGAUCGAUGCUUUGUAUGAAUGAAAAUUAUGAAAUUACGAGAAAGGGGGAUUAUCUGCGUAUAAUUCUUAUACACAACAUGUUCAUUGUAAAAAAUGAUCGUUAAUUUUUAUGUCAUUGACAUCGAUGUCAAACAUAUUGAGGUAUAUCAUGUCAUUUUAUUUUUGUUUUUUUCAACUAAGAUUAUAAUAUAUAAAUGUAUAAUAUUAAGAAAAGCUUGAGAUAUAAACUAUGCUCAUUUUUAUGGUUAAGAGGAUUCAAUUAUCCUUGCCUCAUGAUUGCUCGAUGUUGAUAAAGAUUCAAACUUUUUUAUAUAUUAUCAUAUUGUUAGUAAAAAUAUAAAUGAUUCCACAAUGUAAUUCACGUUACAUUAUUGGGAUGUUUAGUUAAGUGAAUGGCAGACUUUCCAAUUUGUCAUGAUCAUUAUAGUACAAACAGCAAGUUUAAAGUGUCUGUAUUUAGUGUCAUUCUCUUUAAUCUAUCAAAUUGUUCAUGUGUUUUGUGAUCUUUGGCAUUUUAAGCCUGGCCAUUGUGCUCAUUGUUUUGUAUGUUUCAAACUAUGCAUAGAAAUUGUAUUUCUACAAUUAAUUGUUAUUAAACUAAUUACGAAGAUGAUCAAGAUAUGUAGUAUCUAUAAUAUCUUGUUAAUUAAAAACAUUAUAAUACAUAUAAGUGAUUUUUAUGUGUUUCUUGAAGCCUCAUAAAUAAGAUCAGUAUAUAAUUUACAUCUAUAUAUAUAUAACAUUUAUUGAGGGCAGUGAAAAAUGUAUAAUAGUUAUUCAAUAUAAAAAGAGUCUGCUCUUUCACUCAAAAAAAUCAAAAUCUCUGCCCGAUUAGAACAUAAUAAUAAAUGAGCAGAACGUGACACGAACAGAUGGCACUACAGAAUUCGCUUAACAUUUAAUCAUAUAAUAUUGUAAAUACUAUCUUUAUUAUAUUUUAUACUCUGCUGUUUGCACAUAAGUGAUUUUUACAAUUUAUUUCUGUAAGUUAACAUACGCGAAGCACAAUUUAAUACAAUUGUGUUUUACAUCCUUGUAUAUUUCUACACAUAUAUCUUUAUAAGUAAAAAUGGCAUCUUUCGAAUUAUUGUGUGGUCGAAUUAAAAUAUUAAUUUUGCAAUUCUACAUUCUGUGCAUCAAGCAAUGUUAAAAAGUUUUUAUAUAAAGCGGUUGUCUCUUCGUAAUCUUGUUUGUAAAAAUGGAAAGAUAAAUAUGAAACAAUUUAUCGUGUGCUCGUUUUCCGCAAAAAAAAAAAAAAAAAAAAAAAAGGGAGAGAAAACUGAAGAAAGAAGAAAAAAAAAAAAUGAAAUUUCAUGAUGACAGUAUUACGCUUUUGCGUAAGGUAACCGCAUAGUAAUAUAUUAAUUAUUUAUCUUUUAAGAAUAACGAAAAUAACUAAUAAUUCAAAGUUAAAAUCUCCAUUUAAUUAUGGAAUAUGUGAGUCGUUUUCUAUCGUCAGGUAUAUAUCUUUAAGCUUAUAUUUAAGAUAUAUUUUCACACAGUGAGUUGGAAAUAUCGGUUUCAAAUUCCAUUAAUCAAUAUGAAAUGAAAUAAAAACGACACAUAUAUUCGCUUUCGUGUACAAAACGAAUUAUCGAGCAAACAUCUUUGUACAGGCUAUUUUAACUUUAAAACUCGGUGCUUUCGAAAACUUCUCGAACACUGUGUACAUUUUACCGUAGCUGUUAAGAUAUCUGCGAAUAUGAUUCGCAUUUUAUGAGCUUCUUUGAAGAGAAAUGCACCACCGAAUUACUUCCAACUACAUUUGUAUGUUGGACGAGAGCAUAAUAAAAUGAUAAGUUAAUUGUUUAAUUAAAACCAUUAUAUAUCAUUAUAUUAAGUAUUUACGAAGUUCACAUACACCCUAAAUAUUUUUAUGUUAAUUUUAUGCCCAUUUUUUAUGUAUAUAUAUAUAUAUUUAUGUUCCGUUGUGAAUAUAUUAAUGUUAACAAAUGAUAAUGCUGGAUUAUUAUCAUCAAAGGAAUUUUCACGAAAUGUUGAAAAUUAU